AUGGCCGGUGGUUGGCUCGCUGGCGGAGGACAUAGUAUGCUCUCGAACGAGCUCGGAAUGGGAGUCGAUAACGUGCAGCAGAUCAGGGCUGUUCUCCCCAACGGAACAUAUAUCACGGCGAACCGGUGCCAGAACCAGGAUCUGUUCUUUGCGCUUCGUGGAGGUGGUGGUGGGACGUUUGCAGUUGUGACUGAGGCGAGUUUCCUGGUUCAUCCGAAGAGGGCGAUGCAGUUCGCUCGGGUGUCGAUUGCCGGACUUAGUGAGGAUGUUAUCGAGGAGUUUCUUGAGAUUGUUGUUGCGAAUACUGAGAAAUGGGCGGAUGAGGGGUGGGGUGGGUAUAUCCUGCCUGCUGCAGUCGGCGGCGCGUCUACUGUUGCCAUGGGCACUACGUUGCUGGAUCUCGCUGAGGCCCGGGCUUCGAUGCAGCCGCUGAUCGAUCUCGCGAACAGAGCUGUCGAGUCGGGGACACUGGGCAAUGCCACCGUCAUCACUGGUGACUACUACAACAUCCUGCGAGCCAUCAUCGCACGCGAAGAAAGCCUCGUUUUCCCAAGCUCGGCGUUGGCUUUCUCGACGCGUCUGGUUCCUAAGGAUUCGUUCCUCGGAGAAGAGAACCAGAAGCAGCUCUCGUCCACUUUGCAUGAUAUUCUAACCACGGCACAGGGUCAGCAUGUGCCCGCAUCAUCCGGGCUGAUGAUGUACGCCGUGACACCUCGCCUGUACUCGCGAACAAUGCCAGAGUCAGACCAGCCCGGCGGCCCCGGCGCCUCUUCUAUAACCCCUGCCUGGCGCAACGGGCUGUGGCACGUCAUUUUCACACGGCAGUUUGACGGCACGAUUACUGAUCCGGAUGUUGUUGAAGAGAUCUGGCAGACCACGCACGACCUCAUGAAUCCACUGCGGAAUAUCACGCCCGGUGGAGGGGCAUAUCAGAACGAAGCAGAUGCGUUUGAGCCGGAUCCUAUCCGUUCUUUCUGGGGAGGCGAUAACUAUGCGAGACUGCUUCGGAUCAAGCGAGAGGUUGAUCCAACGAAUCUGCUCACUGUUUGGAAUGGAGUUGGAUGGGAUGAGACGGAUGAGAAGUAUGGCUGCUAUCCUGAUAUUAAGGUUUGA